CAACCCGAACCUCCCAGAUUACUCUCCAUCCUUUCCUUUUUAGCCCUACCGCUCACUUUACCUUUAAGGCCUCCUUGCUAGCUUGCUGCUAGAAAACCAGAAAGAAAGCUCUUCAGUCUUCACACGAAACUAAAUUAAAUAUGGACGAUCCGGUCAAGUCCUUCAAGGGCUAUGGCAAGGUAGAUGAGCUUGAAGAGCAAGCUUUCCGGAAAAGGACGCGUAGGCGUCUGUUCAUCCUCGUUAUCUCCUCCAUCGUCUUGUUGACGGUGGUCGUUGGUGCUGUUUCCGGGAUUUUGAUACACAGGCGUAACAACUCAUCGCACUCAUCUAGCCCGGCUCCGGCAACCGAGUUGACUCCUGCUGCGUCACUUAAAACGAUGUGCGGCGUGACUCAGUAUCCGAACUCGUGCUACUCCAGCAUCUCCUCCCUGGACGCCACCAACACCACCAACCCAGAGGUCCUCUUCAAGCUCUCUUUGCGCGUCGCCAUCAAAGAGCUCUCCAAGAUCGCCGACGAAUUACCCGCCAAGCUCCUUGCUGGGACCAACGAUACCAGAGUCAGAGAUGCUCUAAUCGUCUGCCAAGGCCUUUUCCAAGAUGCGGUGGACCGUCUCAAUGACUCGAUAUCAUCCGUGGAAGUUGGUCUUCAGGGUGAGAAGCUCAAUGACUCGAAAAUCAGUGACAUGAAGACGUGGCUGAGCACCACCAUCACCGACCAAGAAACCUGCUUGGACGCACUCCAAGAAAUCAACUCCACACUUCUCGAAAACGUGAAGACCGCCAUUCAGAACUCCACCGAGUUUACCAGCAAUAGUUUGGCCAUUGUGGCCAAGAUUCUAAGUUUACUAACCAACUUCAACACUCCCAUACAUCGGAGGAGGCUGCUUGGGUUCGGAGGGAAAUUUCCGGAUUGGGUUAACUCGGGUGAACGGAGAUUACUGGAGGAAUCCAACCCAACGGCGAAUGUAACGGUAGCAAAGGACGGGAGCGGAGACUACACGACGAUCAAAGCAGCGGUGGCGGCGGUGCCAAAGAAAAGCGAAACGAGAUUUGUGAUACAUGUAAAGGAAGGAAAGUACUUGGAGAAUGUGAUACUGGACAAGCACAAGUGGAAUGUGAUGAUGUAUGGGGAUGGGAAGACGAAGACCAUAGUCUCCGGCAGCUUGAACUUUGUGGAUGGCACUCCCACCUUCUCCACCGCCACUUUCGCUGUUGCAGGGAAGGGCUUCUUUGCAAAAGAUAUGGGGUUCAUUAACACUGCAGGUGCUGAAAAGCACCAGGCAGUGGCACUCAGGUCCGGCUCUGAUCGCUCGGUGUUCUACCGGUGCUCGUUCGAUGGCUUCCAGGACACCCUCUACGCCCACUCCAACCGUCAGUUCUACCGUGACUGUGACAUUACCGGCACCAUCGACUUCAUCUUUGGCAAUGCAGCCGUGGUGUUCCAGAAUUGCAACAUACAACCGAGACAGCCCCUACGAAACCAAUUCAACACCAUCACGGCUCAGGGAAAGAAAGACCCAAAUCAGAACACUGGAAUCUCAAUCCAAAAAUGCUUCUUCUCUCCCCUGGAUAAUAAUCUCACAGCUCCAACUUACCUUGGUAGGCCGUGGAAAGUCUACUCCACCACCGUCAUCAUGCAGUCUGAAAUUGGGGCAUUCUUGAAUCCGUUGGGCUGGAAGGAAUGGGUCGCCAACGUUGAGCCGCCAGGCACCAUUUUCUAUGCAGAGUACCAAAACACUGGGCCUGGAUCGACUGUAGACCAAAGGGUCAAAUGGGCUGGUUUCGAGCCCUCCCUAACCGCAGACGUGGCCGGGAAAUUCAGUGUGGAAUCCUUCAUACAGGGUAGCGACUGGUUACCAGAAACAAAUGUGAAUUUUGAUUCAUCUUUAUGAUCCGAAAAUAGGGUUUGAGAUGUUUGAUUCCCAAGAAUUUUUUCUUUUCCGACACAAGUUUUGUACACGCUAAUAGUAAUUAUGGUUUUCCUUGUUUGUAACAUCUUAAUUUGUAUUAUACACGAACCCCUGGCAAUUUUUACUAUGAAGAAUGUAUGAUACAAACAAUACAUUUCACAGCAUAGAAUAUUUUUUGUAAAA